AUGUAUGGGCUGUAUCACUCGACAGGUGCAAAUAUAUUGGAAUUCUUCUGCUUCUACCUGGUUCAGAAUGUUGUCCCUGCCGUUUUCAUCAUCACCACGCGGAAAAGCUCUCCCUUGCGCUACCUGUGUAUUUCAGGGAUGAUAUGGAUCGCGAGCAGGUUCAUCCGUCCCUUUGGCUCGUCUGGCAGUCCCACAUGGUGCCAGGCCAUAACACAACUUGUUAUUGCGACUUUGCAGGCAACAAAUCUGUUAUUGCUCAAUCCUUUGUUCAACUCAGACAUCUCGCGGAGCGCAAAGAGCGCUCAAAACUUCGGAUCUAGGUUGAUCACAGCGGUUCGCUUACUUGCUCAAACCCGUGCUGUCAAUACACAAUGGCAGGUGAAGAAUGUGCCUUCUCACCCAAAGUAUUACCUGCGGCGGGGUAUGCAGGUCCCAUCGCGGGGUCGGUUUUUGCUGCGACAGUUAGCAAUUGUCGUGUGGCAGUGCUUGGUGUUGGAUAUCGUGCAAACGGUGUCGCUUCAGCAGGCUAAAGAACGUGGUCUGCAUGAGCCCGCAUCAUUGGAAAUAGAAUGGGUUGUGCCCUUGGAACAAUGGGCAGAGCGAAUAGCUACCCAUCUGUCCAUUUGGUUUGUGGUAAAUCGUCUAAUCAGCGAUCUUGCGUAUCGAGUACUGUCAAUAUUAUUUGUCGGGAUAGGGCUGGAUUCUCCUGCAGACUGGCCACCCGCCUUUGGGAGUAUGCUAGAUGCAUUUACAUUGCGCAACUUUUGGGGGAAAUUCUGGCAUCAGUUCAUGCGCCAGCCAUUCACUUCUAUCAGUAACUUCAUCGCACGAGAUGUUUUGAAUCUUACCAGACCUUCAACACUGGAGCGAUACACAAAUCUUUUCAUUGUCUUUCUCAUCUCUGCGAUAUUCCAUGUUGUCGUCGAUAUACUACAGAGCAUUCCGACGGAAAGGUCCGGCUCGAUGCCAUUUUAUUUAGCAAUUGCCUUCGGGAUAAUGCUCGAGGAUGGAGUGCAACAUAUUUGGAAACGGGUACAAACACCUGACAGCAUGCAAGAGGAGGCAAAACAACCGACAGACAUCGUGCCGCUUUGGAAGCGUGCUGCCGGGAUGGUAUGGGUUAUGCUAUGGCUUGGGGUCACCUCGACAUGGUAUUUUACUCCGAUGAUUCAAUCAACGAAUGAUGAUCUGCGGAUGAUUCCUUUCAGUGCCGCAAAAUAUAUCGGCUUACAGCCGCUCAUAGGUAUUGUCGUGGGUAGUGGAAUUGGCAUUGUGGUUAUGUUUGAAGUUGAGAUAUGA